AUGUCAGUUUUUGAGUGUUUGUUUACGUGUGUUAUAUACGCCUAUGAGUUCCUGCCUAAGAUAGUUCAGAGCAUUCAUUUGCCUCGGAGACUGGUCCUCUGCGGUAUGGCAGCAGCAGCAGCCGGCGGGCCGGACGACUGCAGCCGGAGCGGGGGAGCUCAAACUGCGUUGACAGGUGACGGAGAACCGGAGGAGGCCGAGGAGUUCACCUGCCCGGGCCACUCCUUGGAGCUCUCCCGGCGGCAGAACGAGCAGAGGAAGGCGGGACUGUUCUGCGACGUGACGCUGGUUUUCACCUCCAGCGACGGAGGGGUGUGCGGAGGGGAAAGGGUCCAGACAUUAUCCGCCCACCGCUCAGUUUUAUCCGCAGCAUCGCAAUACUUCACGCUGAUGCUGGGGGGGCAGUUUUCAGAGGCUCUGUCAGGAAGAGUGGAGCUCAGAGAGUGGAGCUCUGCAACUGGACCCGACCCAGACACGGUGGAGAGUGUUAUACAGUUCAUAUACACCGGGGAGAUCAGGGUCACUGCUGCGAAUGUGCACGAAGUGUUGGAGCUGGCUGACAGGUUCCUGCUGGUGCAGCUCAAGAGCUUCUGCGGAGAGUUUCUGAUGAAGAAGUUGAGCCUGGCCAACUGUGUAGCAGUGCACAGCCUGGCCCACAUGUACACACUGGACCAGCUGGCUCAGGGAGCCGCUGACAUGAUUCGAAGAAACUUCCACAAAAUAAUCCACAACGAAGAGUUCUACACGCUGCCGUUUCACCUGGUGCGAGACUGGCUCUCAGACUCAGAAAUCACUGUGGACUCUGAACAGGAGUUGUUUGAGGCUGUUGUAAAAUGGGUGCACCAGAGCACAGAAGAACAAGGGAAGCACUUUGAGGAGCUUUUCAGACUUUUGAGACUGCAGCAGAUGGCUCCUACUUACCUAACAAGGGUGGUGAGAAAGGAGCCCUUAGUGGCGAACAGUGCAGCUUGUCUGCAGCUGGUGUCCGACGCUCUUGAGGUCCAUGCUGUUUGCUUUGAGAGCCUCAAGUCAACUGACCUGGAACUCUGCACCUCCUACAUGGUAUCGUCUCAGCCACGUUUUGGCCAGAACAUGGAUGUAAUCAUGGUGGUGGGUGGUGUUUCAGAAGGUGGGGACUACUUGAGUGAGUGUGUGGGAUACUUUGUUGCGGAGGACCGUUGGGUCAACCUGCCGCACAUUCACAACCACCUUGACGGACACGCCAUCACUGUCACUGACAGCCAUGUUUAUGUAGCAGGGUCCAUGGAGCCAGGCUUUGCCAAGACUGUGGAGCGCUAUGACCCCAACCUUAACACCUGGGAGCAGGUCUGCAGCCUGACCAUCCGCAAGCACUCCUUUGGCCUCACAUGUGUCGGUGACGUACUCUACAGCAUCGGUGGUCAUGGCAACUUCAGCCCAGGCUUCAAAGAUGUCACUUUCUAUGAGCCUGAGCUGGACCAAUGGCACAAUCUUGAGCCAGCACCCAAGAUACUACGAGAUGUAAAAACAAUGAGCGUGGAGGACCGCUAUGUGUACGUGAUUGCUAGGACCCCGGUUGAUAUAGACAAUGAGGACGGACUGAGCACUGUGACCCAUUGCUAUGACACAGAGAGCCACAAGUGGCAGGAAGUGGAAUCAUUACCUCUCAUUGAUAACUACUGUAUUUUUCAAAUGGCUGUGGCAUCCACAAACUUCUACCACACGGCUUCCUGUUGCCCCAAGAGCUACAAGGUCACAGCUGAGGCCGCUGAGCAGAAAAUAAGCAGCAACAUCUCAGACGACAUCCUCGACAGCCUCCCUCCAGAAGUAAUCAGCAUCGAAGGUGCUGCUGUCUGCUACCUGGGGGAAGAUAUCUUCAUCAUUGGCGGAUGGAGGAACAGCAACAACAUGGACAAGCAAUAUCGCAAGGAAGCCUACCGUUACAGUUCUGAGAGGAAGCGAUGGACGCUGCUACCACCUCUGCCCCAGCCACGCUGCAGAGCCGCAGCCUGUCACGUUCGCAUCCCGUACCAGUAUCUCACCGGCUGCCAGCGUUACCCCAUGCCCCAGAACCUGGCGAGGCAGCGUGACCGCAUGCAGCAAAUGCAGCAGCUCCAUCGCCGCACUCUCAAUCUGCGAAGACAGCUGCAGUCUCAGAUCGAAUGUUGAGAUCAGAAGCUGUUCAAUUGAAUUUGACAUUCCACUCAAUUAGUUAGCACUUCAUUUGCUAUUUAAAUACCUCUUAUUGGUUGUUCAUGUUAACUUUUUGUUGUCA